CAUUACUAUUUCUGAGUAAUAUUUAUUUUAAUGUGAAAGCUUAAUAAGAAAAUAUGUUGCUAAGAAACUAAAUAACUAGAAAAUUCCCACCACAAACCGUUCUCCUAAAUUCAUCAGAUAUGAUCCCACUCUUGAUAUGCAUUCCAUUCCUGACUCAAACCACACCAGGUUACACCUGCUCCAUCCCCAGCCACCACCUGCUGACCGUACUCAGUAUAGUGUUUAUAGCUCUCAUGCUACCCAUAGUCACCAUCAAUACUGUGGAUGCCCCACAUGAAUUCACUAUUGGCUAUCUCCUGAUGAUGUUCCUGGUCAGUGGCAUGCUGCUCUUCGUCUCCUUGGGAUACUUUGGGAUGAGGAAACGCAUUGCACUAAUGUUAAGGAUGGCAUUUUGGAUAUGGUUCCUGACAUGGAUCGGUUUUCUCACCAUUUGCAUAUUUUCUGUCUGGAACUCCUCAACGUUAAAAUACUCAUCCAUCAAUGGUCGGUGCCCCUUGACUCUGUGGAUAUUUGACUGGUGUUUCACGGCAAAACACAUGUUUCCACGCCCACGGGUAGAGAACACCUCAAUAUCUCUGGUAGAAGACAAAGAGAUGUUCCUCAAUGACUUGACCACAGAGCAACAGACCGUCAACAUUAAUUUGCCAAAUUUUGAUGAAAUAACAAUCAACAUUGAUCACUUUAAAAGUAUUGAAGGGAAUGUGAAUGUAACCAGAGAAAAACGAAGCAUAACAGAGGUGGGGGUGCCUGCCAACAACAGAUACGGGCCAGAGUAUAGAGCAGCAGUGGAACGCUAUCUUGGCAUCUUCUUUAUGAUGUUGUCCACCAUGGCACUCUUCACUCUUUAUGGGAUCACUAUCCAGGAUCUACUUGUUCUUCUGACAUGGCCUCCCGUCUUCUUCAUUGUCAGACCACAAGAUCUAGAACAGCCAAGUGCAGAAAAUGGAACUAACACUCAAAGUCGUACAAAUUGAUAAUGUUCUGUUCACUGAAUAAAGAUUGUUUUGUUUAGCACAA